AUGCCUGGCAAAGAACAGCCGUCGGUGGGUGUCGGUGAUUCUUCGCUGAACGAUUGCAAACCGACGGUCAUUGAAUCUAAAUCGCCAUCGCCCAUCGCCAGACCCGCCACCGGUAACCUUGUUAACACCGAGCCUGAACCCGUGACCGAAGGUACUGUGAAAACGAACUCCACAAUGUUGACGUCGGCUUUUACGGAUUCUGUGCUGGAUCCGGUCGAAAAUGGGUCCUGUUGUAAUAAUACGUUAUGGGAUAGUCAGAACUCGAACAUCGCUCAUGACAUCAUCGGUGAAGUUGGUACUAACGGCGGUGAUGGUGGUGGUGGCGAACCAACAGAUACCGGCGGCGGAGACUCGCGCAAAGCUCCGUCGGCGUCGUGUCCCGCACCGUCAGAGAUGGCGCCUGUCGAAACGCGCGCCAAAGACACCGGCGAGUCUGACUCUGUUAACCACGAUCAGCCGGUUAGCUCCCAAAACCAUGUUAGCGACAUUUGUCAGCUGCCGGGGAUGCAACAACAGGCAACCAUACCUACCACAACAGCCAUGACCAUGACCCCUGAGCUGAAGGAACAGCGGAAAGCUGAGUGGGAAUCUUUGAUACCCAUUGAUGCCAACGGCCGGCCGCAAUAUCCGAAAGGAUCUGAUGGAAAGCCUAUUCUGCCCGUUGGACCAGACGGAAAGAAAGUUUUUCCCCUGGGUCCUGAUGGGAAGCCAUUGUUUCCGGUCGAUGAUGACGGUAGGCCUACGUUCCCCGUUGGAGAAGAUGGCCAGCCAGUGUUUCCUGUUGGACCCAGCAACAAGCCGAUCGUACCUGUGGAUUCUGAGGGCAAAGCAGUUUUCCCCAUUGGUCCUGAUGGCAUGCCCAUAUUUCCCUUGGGUCCUGACGGUAAGCCGACGGUUCCAGUGACGAUAACCGAUGGAAGCCUAGUGUUGCCUUUUGACAAGGAAGGAAAGCCGGUCGUUCCAUAUGGUACCGAUGGGCAGCCUCUGAUUCAUGUUGGUGCAGAUGGCAAACCGCUUGAUCCUUCAUACGUUAGCCAGAUGCAACCGGGCGAUUGGAACCAGUGCUGGAGCCAAAUUUAUCAGUACUACAGCUAUUACAACUACUAUCCAUACAUGUACAACGGUUAUGGCAGCUCGUAUAGUGGCCAUUCUUAUGCGGGCUGGAUGCAGGCAGGCAAGAAGACCAAAGUGAGACCCGAAGACAUUGACCUCCCUCCCGGUCCUGCGCCAGCGAACACAAGCGAAACUUCGCGAUCGUAUGGCGACUACAACAUGCCAGGUUCGACUACCAGCGGUGUUCAACUUACCGGUCUGAGUAGCGAGCGCAAGUUGGCCACCAAGUCUUUGAUCAGCAAACAGCUAAAGCAGUACGCGAUGCUGAAGGUGAAGAAGGAGAGCAGUGAGAGCGAAGCAUUGCAGAAGUUGAUGGCAAGUGGCGAGCAGGAUUCACGCGGUAACGAAAAGCGGUCAGAUUCAAAACAAGCGGCGUCUGUGACACCCGCUACUGGGGCGACAUCUAAGGCAUCGUCGCGAGGCUUUCGAAGUAAAUGGGACCAGAUCGAUGAAGCGAAGGCUCGGGCCGCAGCGGCCAUCGCAGAGAGCUCUGGCCAAAAUUCGUCUACACCGUCUGUUAAAACUGAAGUUGAAGCGAUGAUCAAUGAUGAACGUGACGAUCAGCAACAGUUCAGACAGGCAACCGUCGGGAGCGAAGAUGGCAACGCGACUGUAAAAACCGAACCAGAAGAGAAGGACAUCGCGCGGUGUUGUCGCAGCAGUUCCAGUUGCUCGAGUAGGAGUACGAUUCCGACGUCACCGACCAGAAGCGGUGAUCGCGACGUCAAGUCAGAUGACAGCUCUCCUCCCGUUGGUGGCCACCGUCGUGGCCAUGGAGGUCACAGCAAGAGCCGUAGCCGUACCCAUUCGCCCCGGUCACGCUCCCAUUCGCCUGCUCGCAGUCAUUCAACAAAUCGAAGACCCUCGCGCUCCCGGUCAAGGAGUCGCUCCCGUUCGAGAUACUGCAGCCGCAGUCGCAGCUACAGCAAGGGGCACUCGCAUUCGCUCAUUCGUCGCAGUCGCAGCCGUUCCCCCUACGACCACGGUCGGUAA